CUACUAACCAUCUCGUACGCUUUUCCAUUGCUCUCUCCCGCCAGCGCCCGCUCUUCGCCAUGUCAAACGCGUCGCUAGGUCCGCUCGUCCGACUACGCACUCUCACCCCGGCAGACAUCCCACCGCAUCCAGCUAUCAAGCCCGUGUCGGAACAUGAGGUUGAGCUUUACUCUUUUCUGAAGAGCGUUCUCGACGAGGCCGUCGCCUUCACCGACUCGAUCGUCCCGGCCACCUUCCGCGAAGGUGCCGCCAAAGCGUCCGCGCCCUCGUCCGCCAAGGUCAAGCUGCUGUCGCGCGACAUCAAGGCCAGCGAGCUGCCCACUUCCGGCAGAAACGAAUCAUGGUUUGCACGGAGGAGCAUACACAAGAAUGAGAGGACUGGCGGCACGGCUGACAUUGCCGAGUUCGACGAGGGCUUGAGAGAUCAACAUUCGAAACAUGAGAUGGAAUACACACCGGACGUGUUUGACGCGCAUAAGGUUGCCGACUGGGAUGAUUUAAUCGCCGUGCGGGGCGGAGACGUGGAGGGUAGAUACCGUGAAGUCAGCAUGAGCGUCUACGAAAUGUGCCACAAGCUCCCUUUCCCCUGUCUCAAUCGCGUUUUCUGCGUUCUUGUCGUCACCGCCAAGACGGCUGAAUCCUCCUUCGUAGUCGUCCAGAUCCCAAUUGAUCUUUCUGACUUCUCAGACGCAGACGUAUUGUACGGUAAUGGACGCAACAAGCGCGACGCCGAGUCUGCUCUGAAGCGCAAGAAAGUCAUUGUCGGAGAGUACGUUAGCAUUGAGCGCGUCACUUUGACCGAGGAUGGAGAUAUACAAUGGGUCAUGGCGACAGCAAGUGAUGCGAAAGGCUGGUUGCCCAUGCCGAUGCAGAAGUUGGGUGUGCCUGGAGCCGUGGUCAAAGACGUAGGACUGUUCAUGAAGUGGACGCGUGAAAGGAGAGGCUCUCAGAGUCAAUGAGGAGCCAUGAAAGGCCUGAGUAAUGCGUGCGGUGAGGUUUUUGGCUCGAGGGGCGUUCUUUUCGCGGAGAUACCACAUUGUUUCGCAGGCUGAUUGGGGGUUCUUCCGGUAUCAAAUAAUUGCUGUCGUGUUCUAUUGCUCUUGUGCCAGCUUAUUGCCGGAUCUGUCCCUGUAGAUAACCGGCUCGCUCAUCGAUUGUGCCCCACUUGUUAUAGCUUUGCUAGACUCACCGUUCCUCUCCAUCUAUAUAUAACUAGUGG